GCCGAUAUCCCGUCUUGUGCAGUUGCAACCAGCCGUCGAACCUUUAUCUCCGAGGUGUACCGACAGCUCACUAGGAUCGAGUCGUUAUCGCGUCGAACCGCGCGGCGCGUCGCAGCAAACAAGUUAGUUGUAGUGCGUCACGGCGGGACGCGGUGAUAAUAGAAUUACUAGUUGAAAUACAGUCGCGUUCAGAACCUAGAGAGCCGCAGACAUGCGGGGCAGCACCGCCGGCCUCGCGGACACUCUCGCCAGUGGGUCCCGCGCACAUGCCGUCCUACUAGAGCUCGCCGAUGCGCUCUUCGCGAGCAUCGUCGUCGCUCCCGCCGUGGUCGCCUACUGGAAGGCGACAUGGACGCUCAUGGACUUGUACGUUUUACCGGAGAACAGUGUCGGCUCCGCGGCGGUGUGCACCGCCUUCGGAUUUUGCUGUGACUUGUUGUUUUGCUUGACGCAGAACCAGUUGAGCAGGUACCUGUGCCCGGACCGGGGCAGGUUGACGUAUUAUGUGUUGUCGAGACUGUAUACUUGCCUGGCCGGGGUGGCAUGUGUCGGGGCGUGGCGGGGGGCGUGGAACCUGCUGAACGAGUGCACGGGAGACAGCGCGAAGACGCUGCUGUCGACGACGGCAGCGGCGACGCUGUCGCUGGCGGCGCUGCGCUCGCUGCGCAACAUUUGCGCGGCGCCGUUCGCGGUGGCCGUGGACACGCCACAGGAUUAUUUUGAUGUUCCCACCAUGUUUAGAACGAGCACACGAGAGACGGCGCUAUACGUGCUGGACUGCGUGUUCUCCGUCGCUGUGGUGGGCUCGCUGGUGGUGUUCGUGUGGCGCGGCUCCUGGGCGCUGCUGGACAUGUUCCUGUUCCCCGACGACCAGCUCCGCUCCUGCUGGACCUCGCUGUUGGUGGGCUAUGCGCUAGUGGUGGCGACGUUCGCCCUGCAGGCGCCGGUGCGCUGGGCGGCGGCGCGGCUCCGCGGCGCGGCGCGGCUGCUGCUGGCCGACGUGUACCAUCUAGUGUCCUUCCUCGCCACGGUCAACGUGUGGCGUGGCGUGUGGGGCUUGUUAGAUAUAUAUCUAUUCCCUGAUUCACCAAAACUCAGUAAUUGGUGCACACACAUCGUGAGCCUCACACUCCUCAUACUUCUGAACUGCUCCAACUCCAUUAUAGUGCGGGGCGUGUACAUCGACGGCGAGGAGCCUGCCGGCGAAUGCGUGGUCUUCCCGUGCCACUAUCUAAGGCUCUUCUUCCACAAAGAGAGAACCAAAAAGAGACACAGACAAGCACUCGCCGCGGCUGCUCUUGCGGCCAACAGGAAGAUAGAAGAAGCCAGCGUACCCUUACAAAUGCCGGAGGAAAAAGUAUAGAAAAGACAGCCAAAUCUUAGGUAGACGUCUUUUAGAGAUUUCGUAAUCGACGAAAGGUCGGUCUUAUUAAUAUUAAGUAAUUGUUGUUUAGUUGUUACGAAUUUGUACCCAGUGAAACAAUAGAAUACCUAUAGGUACUUAUAGGUAAUUUUAUAUUUUACAUUUCAAUUUUGUCUGCUAUCAAAAUAUUUUCAUAAAUAUUGUAAUUAGUUUUGGUUAUCUGUGUGUCGUAGAAGAAGAUACUCAAUAAAUACUUCGGGGUUUUAAUAGCAAUUGAGUCAGUCGCUUCAGAACCGAAUUAAAGAAAUAUUUUUUUAUUGAAUGUAUUGAACCUAGGCUAUAAAGUGUUACCAGAUCAAACUAGAUCGGUUGAAGUAUUCUUUUUAAUUUACCAGUUAUUGUUUUUAUUGACUAAAUUGGUUUUAUGUAUUCAGGUUUUGAACAAAACAUUUGUGAGAUAUUAUGCUAUAAGUAGGUAUUUGUAAAUAUUAUCUAUGAAAUGUAGAUGUAGGGUACAAAGUGUUAUUGUUUCUCAAAAGAGCUCGGUACUAUUUGAAUAUAUGUAGAGUAGAUAAGAAAUUCUAAUUCUGUAAAUAUUCAAACUGUAGCAAAACAGUAUUUUUAAGAGUAUUAUUGUAUUUUCAAUGACACUUUUUGUGACUUUACUGGGUAGGCGACAAUAACCUGAAAGACUUCGAACAUGUGUGUAUUCCUGACGGUAUUACGAUAAAAAAAUAUUCUUUUAAGAGAACAAUUUGUUAUUAUACUUUCUGGGACAAAAUAAUUAAAUGUAUUUCAAUAGUUUUUUCUAAACAAUACCUCGGGUUUAAAUUAUGCAGCUUGGGUCUAAAUCGGUCUGAAUAGAAAUAAUUUCACUUGCUUAUUUCGGAAAAUAAUAAAUGUAUCGUAAACUAAUUAAGCGUUUUUCAUCUAGAUAGGUACCUAACAUGAAAAUUUUCAAGGAUAGGAACCAACAUUUUAUGGUUAUGGUCAGUUAGCCGAGUUAUUUAGGCCUACUCUGUAUAGUGACAUUUGUUUAAAAAAAAUCUGUAUU